CAGCGGCCGUACCCGCGUCGCGAGGGGGUCGCACACGUCCCGCGCUCUCGGCCACCGCCCGUCCGACGCACCCCACGGCACACACAAAAAUACGCCCCAAAGGGGCCUCCGUACCGAUACGCUGACACCCCCCGAGCUCGAAAGCGAUCCGCUUGCAGACACCUCCAGCUUUGUCAUUAUUGUUCGCAGCUGCUAUUAUUAUUAUCACUCCUUCAGAGCUGUGUUCAGACGAUAUCUCCAUUAUUUCCACCCACAUUCCCAUGCAAGCUCAUUAUAUACACAUAUAUCUACUGCACUGAUCUCUAUAAAAGCAUAACUAAAAAGGUUGACGUGAUAGGCACCCUGGAAAUCGUAUUUAAAACUGAUAGAUAAAGGAUGGAUGGAUGGAUGGAUUGAUGGACUGAUUGAUGAUCUCGCUGAUGCGACACCGGGAGUCUCAGUUUAGUGAGAGAAAGGAAAACAAGGAAGCUGCCUUAAUUUCUUGUUUGUGUGUAUUCUCCGUUCCUACUUCUCUGUGCAGAGAAUGCUGAGCUCCCAUAGUCUCCUCUUCCUCCGCUUCCCUUCGUCUCUUCCGCUGCUAUGUACUCUUCUCAUCUCUACCGAGGAGAACAGGCCCCGUCUGGAUUCAACAUCGGCGAUGCUGUUCUCGACCUCACCAGAAGUCCCAUUCUUAGUCCCAAGAGCUCAAGCAAUCUCACUGCUGUCAAUUCCUCACCCCUACACCUGCACUUUGGGGCCAUAAACCAUGCGAGUAUGGCAUCGCUGGACGUGGCUGCUCCGACGGCGGCGGCAGCGACACAUGUGGAUGCUGGCAGGAUGGCGUUCUCGAGAGGACAAAUUGAGAACUGGGGCGACUCUGCGAUGGUAGUGAGCAGCCCAAGAACUGAUACAUCAACCGACGUCGAGAUCGAGGAUAGGACUAAGAUGUUUGGUGGUGUUCAGCAAGGUGCUAUUAUCUGUGCGGAUUCUUCUGCAAUGUCAAAGGGGAAAGCAGGGGAGCAAAAGACACUGCGUAGACUUGCUCAAAAUCGUGAGGCUGCACGAAAAAGUCGCUUGCGGAAAAAGGCAUAUGUUCAACAGCUUGAAAAUAGCCGCGUAAAGUUGAUACAACUGGAGCAAGUUCUGCAGCGAGCACGCCAACAAGGCAUUUUAAUAGCAAGUGGAUUCAUGGGUGACCAUAGUUAUUCAAUUGGAGGAAAUGGAGCCUUGGCAUUUGAUUUGGAGUAUGCAAGGUGGCUUGAGGAUCACCAACGAAGGAUUAAUGAUCUUAGAUCAGCUCUAAACUCUCAAGUCAAUGACGAUGAGCUGCGACUUACUGUCGAAACCUUCAUGGGACAUUAUGAUGAAGUUUUCAGACUUAAAAGCAUAGGUAUAAAGUCUGAUGUAUUUCACAUACUUUCAGGCAUGUGGACAACCCCUGCAGAAAGGUGUUUCAUGUGGUUGGGUGGAUUUCGAUCAUCUGAGCUUCUGAAGAUACUCGUGAGCCAUCUUGAGCCAUUGACGGAUCAACAGCUGAUGGGUUUGUGUAAUCUUCAACAUUCAUCUCAGCAGGCAGAGGAUGCCUUGUCGCAAGGGAUGGAAGCUUUGCAACAAUCUCUUUCUGAAACCCUUGCGUCUGCUUCUCUUGUUCCGGCUGGUGGUGCUGAUAAUGUUUCAAAUUACAUGGGCCAGAUGACUAUUGCUAUGGGCAAGUUGAGCACACUCGAGAACUUCCUUCGCCAGGCUGAUCUUUUGCGGCAACAGACUCUGCAGCAAAUGCAUCGAAUCCUGACAACACGCCAAGCAGCUCGUGCAUUACUGACCAUCAGCGACUACUUCUCUCGCCUGCGGGCGCUAAGCUCAUUAUGGUUGGCUCGCCCGAGGGAUUAAAUACUGCUUUGUGAGUUGAGGACGUGUGACUUGUAGGCUAGGCAAUUUUAUCAAUCGCCAAUUACUUGAAGGAUUUUCUACUAGUGUGAUGUAUCUGUAUAUGAUUGUUGAAAGACAGAUCAUGACCUGAAGUAAUCUACAAUAUUUACUCCGACAAAUGGAGUGUCGUUGUUGGCUGAGAGAUAUGUAAAGGUGGUUUUCUUCGUAAGAAAACAGGUUUGAUCACAUUACUGUUGUAUCAGUCUUGAAAAUAGUUUAAAGUUUUAGGGAUCCAAGCAGAAAGUGCUGAACAAGACAACCUGAUCUCAACUUUCACUGGUUUCCAUGUUAUCUGUAAGCUGUUCUACAUUGUUGAUAUUUCCUGUGGCAAUUAUGAGUUUGAA